GGAUGCUCUACUCUGCGAUACGUUCUGUUUUGAGUCGGGUGUUCACGGCCAUCAUUAUUUGUUAGUGACACACUCGAGUUCCAGCCACUCGAUCCUGCACUCGCAAUGGCCGCGUACACAAAAUUUUUCCUGAUUUUGGCCAUUUUUUUCGGAUGCAUUUGCCAACUGGAAAGCAAAAAUAUGAAUAUUGCCCAAGACGUUGAGGUGUUGGCUAAGGUUGUGUCCUCCACAGAAGGCACUACCCCCAGUAGAGGAAGACGUCGUUUCACCAGCAGCUCGCCGCAGCCUGGUUCGAAGGAAGGCAGAAAAGACAACCAGUCGGAAGAUUUCACCAUGACGGGCAGCCCUUCCCUGGAUUCGACCAUAUUCUCGACAAUCGGCUCCCUCGCCUCGACUCUUUUUAAAUCCAUCUUCAGGUCUGAUUCGGACAAAUCAGGGAGGGACGGUGGCAGUGGGGGUGGAUUUGUCGCCUCCGUCAGUCGAAUCUUUUGCACAAUAUUCGGAGGACUUUUUGGUUCAAUUUGCGGAACGUCCUCCAGCGGGCCAGGCGGGGUUGACUACGACACCCCUGUCAACUUGACCAGUCAGCAGUACCAGCAGCUUCAGGAUCAAGUUAAACUAAAUGGAAUAGGAACUAAUUAAUUAACUCUGUGUGGAGAAAUUUAAAUUUGAAUUAUAGCACCAAUAAAUA